AUGAGAGCGCCUUCCGGGGAGGCGGCAGCGGCUGUGGAAAGUCCAGAAGUAGGAGAGGAAGCGGAGGAAGAGGAGGUGAUGACGACCGACUUGGGGAGGGGGCGACGUUUCGUCUGGCCGAGGCGCCGUCCGGGCUAAGGUCACCCAGGAAUGUUGAAAGCAGAAGGGGGAAUCAUUUGGUGCACCCACAGAAUUUUUUUAAGAUAUCGGGCAUCUGCAUUUCUUAUGCAGUAGGUUUCCCUGUAUCUAGAAAAUCCAACGGAUUUUGAAAAACAAUGGUUGUGACAGUUUGAAACUUGGAAGAGGAUGCAAUUACCCUUUGAAUAUAAUUUAGGACUUGGCACAGCAAACAGAAGAAUUAAACGAAAUACAGCAAACCAACAGAGAUAACUCUGGAAGCCCUGAAUGCAGCAAAAUAAGAACAAUGGACCUCAAGUUUAACAACUCCAGAAAAUACAUCUCUAUCACUGUGCCAUCCAAAACCCAAACAAUGUCACCACACAUUAAGUCAAUUGAUGACAUUAUAGUACUUGGCAUAAAUCUCAGCAAAUUUAACAAACUUACUCAGUUUUUCAUAUGUGUUGCUGGAGUUUUUGUUUUUUACCUAAUUUAUGGAUAUUUGCAGGAAUUAAUAUUUUCAGUGGAGGGUUUUAAGUCCUAUGGCUGGUACCUUACUUUAGUGCAAUUUGCAUUUUACUCCAUAUUUGGCCUAAUAGAACUUCAGCUUAUUCAGGAUAAAAGGAGAAGAAUACCAGGAAAAACCUACAUGAUAAUAGCUUUUCUAACAGUGGGUACUAUGGGGUUAUCAAACACUUCCUUGGGCUACCUGAAUUAUCCCACCCAAGUCAUCUUCAAGUGCUGCAAAUUGAUUCCUGUUAUGCUAGGAGGAGUUUUUAUUCAAGGAAAGCGUUAUAAUGUUGCAGAUGUCUCUGCUGCCUUAUGCAUGAGCCUAGGCCUCAUCUGGUUUACCCUUGCUGACAGCACAGUUGCACCUAACUUCAAUCUGACAGGUGUCAUGCUUAUUUCCCUGGCACUGUGUGCAGAUGCUGUCAUUGGAAAUGUUCAAGAGAAAGCUAUGAAACUGCACAAUGCUUCUAAUUCUGAAAUGGUUUUAUAUUCAUAUUCAAUUGGUUUUGUGUACAUAUUAUUGGGAUUGACAUGCACUAGUGGAUUAAGCCCUGCAGUAACAUUUUGUUCAAAGAAUCCAAUUCAGACCUAUGGUUAUGCAUUCCUUUUUUCCCUCACUGGAUACUUUGGAAUUUCUUUUGUUCUGGCUUUGAUUAAAAUUUUUGGUGCACUUGUUGCUGUAACAGUGACAACAGGAAGAAAAGCAAUGACCAUUGUACUUUCCUUUAUAUUCUUUGCUAAACCAUUCACAUUUCAGUAUGUAUGGUCUGGUUUAUUAGUUGUCCUUGGCAUAUUUCUCAAUGUUUACAGCAAAAAUAUGGAUAAAAUAAGACUACCCUCACCGUAUGAUCUGAUAAACAAGUCAGUGAUUGUAAGAAAGUCAAGGACGUUGGCACAAACUGUGUAGGUACUGAUUUGUCCUGUUUAGAAUUUUAAGGGAACAAUCAAUCAACUUUCCAAAAGGACUGUGAUAAAAACAACCAAAGGAUCUGAAGGUAUGCUUUGCAUUUCUGGAUGGAUUGCAUAUGAAUAGUGUUGUGGUAUCAGCUGUUCUUCAGAGCACCUGUUUGACUGACUUCUGAUGCAAUCAAGAACCACAUCUAGCACACCUUGCAAUUAAAUGUCUACAUGAAGGACUGACUACUCCUAGCAGUUUCUUGAGAAGUUCACUGGAAAUGGACCAUGAUACAAGACUUUUUGGAUAUCAUUAUGAAUACCAAACACUGAUAUGUAAUAGCACAUUGUUUUGUCUUCAUUCCAUUUUGGUGGUAUUUAAAUUGAUUCUCUGUUAUAAGAGUAACUUAUGAUUUAAAGUUUGGAGAGAAUAACAUUCAUUAUAAAUAAAAUAAUCUUAUGAUUUUUUUAAAGGAA